CUAGACAGCCAUUGCAGUGUCGUGGCUCUAUAACAAAACGGGGAAGGAAAAGAGGACCUGGAUUUGCUGGCUCUACUUUGAUCUGGGGACCGAUUUUCAUGGUUGUAAGAGCAAUCAACCCUAACGAAUUCAUCCACGCGUAUCUAACAGGAUUCAACAACUCCGGAUAUGUCAUUCUUACUUGAUUGGAUAUAUAGUGGUUUCAGUAGUGUACUGCAGUUUCUAGGGCUGUACAAGAAAUCUGGCAAGUUAGUAUUUCUUGGCCUGGACAAUGCUGGCAAGACAACGCUAUUGCACAUGCUCAAAGACGACAGACUGGGACAGCAUGUGCCAACUUUACAUCCGACCUCGGAAGAGCUGACGAUUGCUGGCAUGACCUUCACCACCUUUGACCUUGGAGGCCAUGCACAAGCCCGCAGAGUCUGGAAAAACUACCUCCCUGCCAUCAAUGGUAUCGUCUUCCUCGUGGAUUGCGCAGACUACACCAGAUUGCCCGAAUCAAAAACAGAGCUUGAUGCACUCAUGACAGAUGAGACCAUUGGAAAUGUGCCUAUUUUGAUCCUGGGCAACAAGAUCGACAGACAAGAGGCCAUCAGCGAGGAGCGGCUAAGGGAGAUGUUUGGACUGUACGGACAGACAACGGGCAAGGGCAACAUUCCCAUGAAGGAGCUGAACACGAGACCACUGGAGGUGUUCAUGUGUAGUGUGCUGAAGAGGCAGGGCUACGGCGAGGGUUUCCGUUGGCUCUCCCAGUACAUCGACUAAAGCAGCCGUGUCCAAUAACAUCGUUCGCCGCCACCACCACCAACGGUGGCGCUAAAACCCGACUACCCAAAUGCCCACUGUUGCCACCGGUACCACCAUCUUCAGCCCAACGUUUGGUUCAAUAAAUCUGCCUCCACUAACAGAGACACAAGUACAACUUGAAUCCAAUAGACUUUUAUUGGCUGAACGUUUCAUUACACAUAUUAAGAAAACAAACAUGUACCUGGUACACACACACGCCUCUCCCAUUGUGUGUGUGUGUCUCUCUCUCUAUAUCUGUCUCUGUCUCUUUCUCUUUCCCAGUGUAUAUUUGCAAAGUAACAUGGCAUCAGUUCUGCAACAAAGGUGUUCAAAUUCAGAAGGAUCAAUCUUUUCUAGAUCAUGGCCACUGUUUUCGGCCUUCUUUCAAUCUUGCCCUCCCCUCAAGUAGUUUUCCGUCGAGUGUGAUCUGUACAUGAUUCUGUUUGCAUAGCAACAACCCCCCCCCCCAUCCUACACAUUUAAAACGGUGACAAACGAGUGUUGUUGCAGGAGUUUUUUAACAGGAAAGAUGACAUACAGACAGUGUGUUUUAAUAUCACAUAAGUGUGUUUUAAUAUCACAUAACUAUUUCUCAUCUCUUUUGCCUUUCCAUUUUUUUCUUUUGUUUUAAUAAAUGUAAAACACAUGGCCAGGAAUCGAGCCCUCACCUGUAAAAGACAUGUCUGCACAUUUAUCAAAAUGGAGCUUUUAGUUUAUUUCCAUGUAACAAGAACUUUGUUCUUUUUUUUGUCACAUUUACUUUUGUAAGUUUGGGCACUUUCUUUAGGGGGAACAGCUUUUUUUUUUAAUUAUUAUUAUUUUGUGGGCAUAGUAAUAAUGAAUGGAUCUAAGAAGUGGGUUGGGUCUCUCCUUCAGAGUAGCGUGGGGUGGAACAAGGCCACACAGCAAACGGGAGGAGAUUUUUAAUAAAUAUUGACUAACCAUUUCUCACCCUUGUGAGGUUUGUUGUCAAAAUUGCCUAGAUAGCACAAGUAAUGAUCAGACAAAACUAUUUAACUGUGAAUGAAAUUAUUAAAAAAGAAAUAGCUUGAUGGUAACAUGCAGUAAGAGACAAAGAAGGAGGAAAAUUAAAAUGCACACUUGUGUAUACGUAAGUGAGGUUGGCAUAUUUGUAACAUCUAGAAGUUGUCAACGUUAGAAGUCCAUUAUCCAAAGGAAUUGCCCAGCAGACCUCUCACAGGGUGGAACAAAUGACCAAUUGUGGAUAACCGAGGACAUAGUCCAACUGAAGAAACAGAUAGAUUCGCCUGAGACAACACUAAGAAAGGGACCAUAUAUCUAUAUCAAUGUACGAUAUGUACAUGAGCAUCGUACAUGGACAUUUUCUUCUUUUUUUUUUCUUCCUUUUUACAAAGCCGUAUACCCUGGUCCAUGUGCAUUACCAGAAACUAUUAUGCAUGCCUUGUUCUUUUGAUAAUUUUUUUAAAGACCAUUAUUCCAGCAAGUGUAACGCAAAAAGCAGAUGCCAAAAUUAACAAUGUUAAGAAAUUGGAGAGCUGACUGUCAUUUUUUUUAAAGGAAAAAUAAUGGAAUGGUGCCUAAUACACUUUUUUUUUCCUCCCGUCCCUUUGUGUCUCCUUUAUUUCCUCAUGACUCCAUGAUGAGCUGUUCCAACGAGGGAGAAACUUGCUGUUGUUUGCAUCAUAAAAAAAAUGUAAUAAAUGUUUGCAAUGAAUAAGGCUGAACACUUGUCCCCAGUGAGGAU